AAGACAUAUAUCUCAUCAAGUCAAACACCACAAAAAUACCAUAAUGGCGAGUAGUAUCCAAGUCAUGAUCUUCACAUGUUCAUUAUUCCUAGCUUCCUCCUCCCUAUUUGCGGCGGUUUCCGGCCAUUCUCUCGAGUGGUGGUGCCGCCAAACGCCGUAUCCGCAAUCAUGCGAGCAAUACCUUAAAGGUUGCGGCCCUAUCAAGGACAAAUCCGACUUCCUCAAAGUCACAACGAAGAAGGCUUUGGAAUACGCCGAGCUGGCUAAGACCAAAACCCACUCGUUAGGGCCUAAGUGCAGGAACGAGCGCGAAAAGGCUGCGUGGUCUGACUGCUUGUAUCUGUACGAGAACAUGGUCGAGAGGAUCAACACGACAGCUGAUCCUCAGACUAAGUGCACUGCAACUGAUGCACAGACCUGGCUGAGCGCGGCCCUCACGGACUUUGAGACGUGCUUAGCUGGGUUCACGGACCUCGGUGUCACGGGCAACAUAGAGCCUUUGUUGGCAAGCAACUUCUCCAAUUUGAUUUGCAACAGCUUGGCACUUAACAAGGGGUACACCACCAGCGAUGACACUGCCACAUACCCAGACGGGUUCCCUGCCUGGGUGAAGCCCGGAGACCGGAAACUCUUGCAGUCCUCGGCCUCCGCUAAUGCUGUGGUGGCCAAGGAUGGGUCCGGGAACUAUAAGACGGUGAGCGAAGCCGUAGCUGCUGCCGGGAAGCGGUCCGGGAGCGGGCGAUUCGUGAUUCAGGUGAAGGCGGGAGUCUACAGCGAAAACGUGGAGAUUGGUAGUAAGGUGAAGAACAUAAUGUUGGUUGGUGAUGGAAUCGGGAAGACCAUUAUUACCGGAAGCAAAAGUGUCGGCGGCGGCGCCACCACCUUCAGAUCAGCUACCGUUGCUGUGGAUGGGGAUGGCUUUAUUGCACGGGGCAUAACUUUCAGAAACACCGCCGGGGCGGCGAACCACCAGGCGGUGGCGAUGCGGUCCGGCUCCGAUCUAUCGGUGUUCUACCAGUGCAGCUUCGAAGGAUAUCAAGACACCCUCUACGCCUACUCCGACCGGCAAUUCUACCGCGACUGCGACAUCUACGGCACCGUGGACUUCAUCUUCGGCAACGCCGCGGUCGUGUUCCAGAACUGCAACAUCUACGCCCGUAACCCGCCCAGCAAGACCAACACCAUCACCGCCCAGGGCCGGACCGACCCGAACCAGAACACCGGGAUAUCGAUCCACAACUCCAGGAUCAAGGCCGCGUCCGACCUGGCGGGUUCCGUGGGGUCCGUCAAGACCUACCUCGGACGCCCGUGGAAGCAGUACUCCCGGACCGUGAUCAUGAAGACGUCCAUGGACGGCUUGAUCAACUCGGCGGGGUGGUUGCCGUGGGACGGGAACUUUGCUCUGAGCACUCUCUACUACGGCGAGUAUGCCAACACCGGGCCGGGGGCGGCGACCGGCGGGAGAGUCAAAUGGGGCGGGUAUCACGUGAUCACCAGCGCAACGGAGGCUUCGAAGUUCACCGUCGGGAACUUCAUCGCCGGCGGGUCUUGGUUGCCUGCUACAAACGUGCCGUUCACGUCAGGCCUGUGAAGCUACUAGCUCUUGCAUGCAUGCAUGAGUGCCAUCACGCCUCGGGUCCGAUUUAAUUUGGAAAUUAAUUAAGCAACGCAUAUUUGUAUAUCGUAAUUUUAUUGUGUACUUCAGAUUAUUUUCUUUUUGAGAACAAGUUGUGUACUUAAUUUGUACGUCUUUUCUGUAUUUUGUUUGAUAGAGUUGUCAAUGCUCCAAUUUUUUGUACUAAAUGCGCUGAUGUUAUAUAACGUAUAAUGAAAUGUGAUGAAUUUC